AUGACUUCUCCUACUGCUGAGGAUAUUGCAAAAGCUGUUGAGUUUAAGAAUGAAGGAAAUGUCUUUAUUAAGGAGCAAAACUACAGCAAAGCCAUUGAGCUUUAUACAAAGGCUAUUGAAUUAGAUCCAAACCAAUCAAUUUUUUAUUCUAAUAGGGCUUUGGCUCAAUUGAAGUUAGAUAAUUUCCAAUCUGCUUAUAAUGAUUGUAACGAGGCAUUGACUUUGGAUUCCAAGAAUGUAAAGGCUUAUCAUAGAAGAGGUUUAGCUAAUGUUGGUCUUUUGGAGUUUAAAAGGGCUAGAAAUGACUUGAAUGUCGUUUUGAAGGCAAAACCAAGUGAUGCCACUGCUUUGAGAGCUUUGAACGUUUGUGAAAGAUUUAUCAGAGAGGAAAGAUUCAAAAAAGCUAUCGGUGGUGGAAUUGAUGGAGAACAAGUAAAGUUAUGUCAAACUUUGAAUUUGAGUUCCUUUGAUGCAAACAAUGACCUUGCCAAAUAUGACGGUCCAAUCUUUGAAAUUGAACAACUAGUCGAUGAUAACGGUUCUGCUAUUGGUGCAGAAAUUAAAAAUAUGUCUCAAGAAUUGGUCUCUGGGUUGAUUAACGAUAUCUUUUUGAAAGCUAAGAACAUUCCAAAAAAAUACGCUGCUGCAAUUAUUUCUCAUGCUGAUAGAUUGUUUAGAAAUGAACCUUCCUUGAUCGAAAUUUCAAAUAGAGAUGUCAAGGACUUGAAAAUCUCUAUUUGUGGUGACACUCACGGUCAAUUUUAUGACGUUCUAAAUAUUUUCAAGAAAUUUGGUAAAGUUAAUCCAAAUCACACUUAUCUAUUCAAUGGUGAUUUUGUCGACCGUGGUUCGUGGUCUUGUGAAGUUGCAUUGGUAUUCUAUUGUUUGAAGAUAUUAUAUCCAAACAAUAUUUAUUUGAAUAGAGGUAACCAUGAGACUAACAAUAUGAAUAAAAUUUAUGGUUUCGAAGAUGAAUGUAAGUAUAAAUAUUCUCAACGUAUUUUUGAUAUGUUUGCAGAAAGUUUCGAAAGUCUACCAUUGGCUACUUUGGUCAACAAUGAUUAUUUGAUUAUGCAUGGUGGGUUACCAAGCGAUAAAUCAUCUACUUUGGAUGACAUUAGAAAUAUCGAUAGAUUUCAACAACCACCAAGGGAAGGUUUGUUUAUGGAAUUACUGUGGUCAGAUCCCCAAAUUGCAGAAGGUCUUGGUCCUUCUCAACGUGGUUUGGGUUUCGCAUUUGGGCCUGACAUUACAAAAGACUAUCUAGAGAGAAACAACUUACGUAAAGUAAUGAGAUCUCAUGAAGUUAGAAUGACUGGUGUCAAAUUCGAGCAUGAUGGUAAAUUGAUAACUGUCUUUAGUGCGCCAAAUUACUGUGACAGUCAAGGUAAUUUAGGUGGUAUUGUUCAUGUCAUGCCAGGAAACGGUUUUCUAUUGCAAAAUGGUAAUGACGAUGAAGAUUUGGUCGUUGAGACUUUUGAAGCUGUCAAGCAUCCUGAAAUAAAGCCGAUGGCAUACUCUAACGGUGGUUUAGGUUUCUAA